AUGCCCUUCAGACACUCUCCGGGGCCCAUGGUCGCACGCUGCUUACGUGCGGCCGGGCCUGCAGCACCGGGUGGGCGAGCAGGCCAAGGGUUGGCCAGGUUUAAGCAGACGCUGGCCGGUGUCGGCGGCCCAGGUCGCCGCCAGCUUGCCGCCUUCUCAUCCGUGGCCCCGCUGCAUCGAGGCGGGGGAUCUGCAUCGUCGCCGUCCUUUGACGCUGCUAUAAAGCCGCCGCCAUCCCGGCCCGUCGUGGAAGACGAGUUCAAGACCGUCAUCGACCAGGCCCGCCACCUUUCGUCACAGUCAACCGAGAUGUAUACUGCCUCGUUCGCCUUCUUCGAGGCCUUGUGGGACGCCGGCGUCACCCACUGCUUCGUAAACCUGGGUUCCGACCACCCCAGCAUCAUUGAGGCCAUGGUAAAGGGCCUCAGGGAGAAGAAAGGAAGCUUCCCUCGAAUCAUCACAUGUCCUAAUGAAAUGGUGGCCAUGUCCAUGGCCGACGGAUACGCCCGCCUGACCGGAAAGCCGCAGUGCGUUAUUGUUCACGUCGACGUGGGAACCCAGGGCCUCGGCGCCGCGGUGCACAACGCCUCGUGCGGGCGCGCGCCCAUCCUCGUCUUCGCCGGCCUGUCCCCUUUUACUCUCGAGGGCGAGCUGCGCGGCAGCAGAACCGAGUACAUACACUGGAUCCAGGACGUCCCGGACCAGAAGCAAAUCGUCUCGCAGUACUGCCGCUACUCCGGCGAGCUGAAGACGGCCACCAACGUCAAGCAAAUGGUUAACCGCGCCUUGCAAUUUUCCAGAUCCGACCCCCAAGGGCCCGUGUACCUUUGCGGCGCGAGAGAGGUCAUGGAGGCCGAGAUCGAGCCUUACAGUAUCCGCCAGAACGAGUGGGACCCCGUCGAGCUCGGCGGUCUCCCAAAGAGCGCCGCCAACAACAUCGCCGAGGCGUUGGCUGGAGCCAAGGAGCCCCUCGUCAUCACAGGGUUCGGCGGCCGGAAUCACGAGUUCCCGGCAGCGCUCGUCGAGCUCGCCAACACGGUCAAGGGCCUACGGGUUGUCGACACGGGCGGGAGCGAUAUGUGCUUCCCCGCAGACCACCCUGGAUGGCUUGGUCUUCGAUUCGGCAUCGACGAAGCCGUCAAGACGGCCGACGUCAUUCUCGUCCUCGACUGUGACGUUCCGUGGAUCAACACGCUGUGCCACCCCAGGAAGGACGCCAAGAUCUUCCACAUCGACGUCGAUCCGCUGAAGCAGCAGAUGCCCGUCUUUUACAUUGCCGCGCAGUCGAGAUACCGUGCGAGCAGCCUGCAGUCAGUCGAACAGAUCACGUCUCUCCUCAAGGGGCAGUUUGCUGCGCAGCUCGAGUCGGCAGAGGCCAAGGACCGCGAGGCCAAGGUCAAGGAGUCACACAAGCAGCUGUUGGCCAAGAUCGAGGAGAAGGCUCGGCCCAAGGCGGACGGCGAGUUCGGAACGGGCCACCUUUCGCGGACGCUGAAGAAGCUCUGCCCCGAGGACACCAUCUGGGCGAUCGAAGCCGUGACCAACACGGUGUUCGUACACGACAACCUUCAGCCCACGCUGCCCGGCUCGUGGAUCAACUGCGGCGGCGGCGGCCUCGGCUGGUCCGGCGGCGGCGCUCUGGGCAUCAAGCUGGCGACCGACUUCGAGAACGGCGGCAAGGGCAAGUUUGUGGUGCAAAUCGUCGGCGACGGCACGUUCCUGUUUUCGGUGCCGGGCAGCGUGUACUGGAUUGCCAAGCGGUACAACAUUCCCGUGCUGACCAUCAUUUUGAAUAACAAGGGAUGGAACGCGCCACGGCGGUCGCUGCUGCUGGUGCACCCCGACGGUGAAGGGUCGAGGGCGACGAACGAGGAGAUCAACAUUUCGUUCGAUCCGGCACCCGACUACUCGGGCAUCGCCAAGGCGGCGGCGGGCGGGGAUUUGUUCGCCGCGCGGGUCGACAAGCUGGACGAGCUAGAGGGCGUGCUCAAGGAGGCUAUCAAGACGGUGCAGGGCGGACAAGCGGCGGUGCUGGAUAUCAAAGUGGCCAUGGGAUCAUAG